UUAGUGGAUGCUUAGUGCCGUAAAACCCUAAAGAAGAAGAAGGAGGACGACGGAAGAAGUGAAAGCCUACCUGCUCCCGAGGAAAACAAUAAAGUCCCUCGCCGGUGGGACACCUGUCGUCAUGGCUGUGUUGUGGUGUAAAUUGUGACAACUAACGCCAAGAUGAUGAACGACAUUAUAGAGGAGCCGGAGAAGGACACACUGCUGGAGACGCAGCCGGAGUCACAAGUUUCGUCGGGGCCCAGCAGCGGCACAAGACCUAAGACUGCUGAUGGAGGCAUCAGGCCUGUGGAGAAAAGAGGACCUUACAUCAUGUCCAGAGCUCCAGCCAUCCACCUCAAACUACAGAAACACAGAGAAAUGGCAAGGAAAGCGCUGAAGAAGAAAGCCCUCUCACCAGGACCUCCAGUGAUGCAUCAGCCAAGACAAGGAGCCAAGAGGAUGGUGAAGUAUAACAAGGGCUACGCUGCUUUGAGUCAGCAUGCUGAGGACACUUUGGUUGCUUUGGACUCAGACAGUGAUGAGGAGAUUGAUUUUGAGCAGUAUUCCUCGGGAUACUCUUCAGCUGAGGUCCAUCCUGAUUUAAGCAGGCAGCUGCUUCAGGACGGCUACCGUCUGGACGAGAUCCCAGAUGAUGAGGACCUGGACCUGAUUCCACCCAAAGCCAUGGGCUCCUCUGUGUGCUGCUGCUCCGAGGGCCCGUCUUGCUCCAUGCAGUGAUGCUGGUGUAGUGACUCAAACCUUUAAAAAAAAGAAAAGAAGAAAAAAAAAAGGCUUGACUCCAGUUCCAGUCGCUGACUUUAGCCACUGGUGCCUGAAGUCUUCUUUCUAACUCAGCUCCAUCGCUGCGCUGCCUGAGGACUUCCAGCCCCGAAGCCAAACUCCUGUUAAUGCAGGACUGUGUGCACCGAGAUCACUCAACCCGCAAGAAAACGCGGAUGGACGUGAGAACAAGCCUUAUCCACUGUGACCCCAAAGCUUGACCUAUUUUUUUUAUUUUUCUUUUUAUAAAACUACAGGAAAUACUAACCAUGCCACUGCUUCAAAUUGAGUGGGAGAGUCAUUCAUCAUUUGGGAUAUGUCCUUGUCAUAGUGGAGAGCUGGUUCCUGUCUUUUGCUCUCUGGUGAACAGGUCUGCAGGCCUGUAAGCAUGACACGCAUACAAAUAUGGUGUAUUGUGUUUCAAUGUUCCAGUCCUUUGGCAAAUUUGCCAAAGUUUUUUUUUUCUUUACUUAACAACUAACUGUUUUAUGAACGCACCUCACUUGACCAUUUUACAUUCCCUGACUACUGUUGCAUCAGCUGGCUGUCUUUUGUUUUUGUUUUUUUAGUGUAGCUGUCCAAAAUGAGAUGGUCAUCACUUAGGAAAAGUAUGACUUUAUUAAUAUUAUUAUUAGAACAAAAAUAAGUAGUGUUCUGCGUGAAAGCGCUUCAUUUCUGUGUGGCUCAUGUACAAUGAUAAUCGUUUUUUCAGCAAGUGCUGCUAUCUCAAAAACCUUAAAAGAAGUAUAGAAGAUAAUCCAGGAUUAUUUUCUACUGGUUCCACAUGUGCUUUGUGUCUAAGAAUGCAAAGAACUCAUUAUAUUUUACAAGCAAACCACUACAUACAAAGAAGGAUUCACCCAUGCCUACAGAGAAGUUGUCUUGCCAAGUUAGCACUGUUAGAAAGAGUAAUACCUACUCUUAUCAAAAUGUUACACAACUGUGCGAUAUGGCACAAAAUGUAAGCAGAUGAGUUACUGAAGAGCUUUGAUAGAACCACUGAUAUUUGAUUAGAUUGGACUUCACAGUCAACUGUAGAAAUAGGUUUCCAGAAACCAGUAUCUGCCACUCUUAGAGAAUUGUAAGCAUCAAAACAAAAUACAUUACAGAUUCCUGUAUAGUCAUCUUGCCACCUUAAGGCAUUUGUUUAUGUGGUUAGAUAUGUAUCCUCCAUGUUUAAAUUAUUUCAGUUUUGUUUUAUAUGAUUUAUAAAACAAUUUGGAACAAUUAGAAAGAUUUUUUUUAAAGAUUCCUUUUUUUCUUGCCAAAAAUUAUAUGUAGCAUUUCAGUUUAAAAUGCUAUUCAGGAUCAGAUGUAACUCUUCAAAAGGAUGCUUUAACACAUCUGUGCGUGGACGGCAGGCCAGAGUUACAUUGUUUUGUUUAUUUAUUUUUGUAAUGUAUUUAUUGGGGACAUUAAAUAUAGUUGUUACAGGUUAAAAACAAUAAACCAGAUUUACAUUAGAACUGAGGUGAAUGGCCACCCCUCUUACCUGUUAGGCUUAUGACAUGUAAAAUUACAAUUUACACACAUCAGUUCAUAUUCUUUUCUGUUUGUGUUAUUGUGUGUCUGUUCUUGUUUCUUACACAACAGACACACAUAUGUGCUGAAAUGGCUAUCUUUAAUGUAGGAAAAAUGUUUUUUUUAUUAUUUGUUUCUCCACUUAAAAAAAAAAUCUCUUUGCUCAUGUUCUAGUCCGCAUUAUAUUUUACUGUUAAUUAUUGGUGUUUAUUUGAAACAGUGCAUUAACAAAAAAUGUUCAAUAUCAGGAGAUUUUUUUUGUUUGUGUACAACUAGAAAGUAAUUUGCCUUUCACAUCGAUUUGUAAGAUAAUAAAAGUUUUAAAAUUGCACAACUCUUAAAGUGCAUAGAGGCUUUAAGUCAGGAUAAACGUGUGGCCUCUGUUUUACUUAACCUGUAGACCACACUGUUAUUUCUCAUGCUGUGAUGUUGGUUAAGUAAAUGGUGCAGCAAACCACUUGACCACCAUAAAGAAGUUGAAGACUGGAAAGACAUUUUGUGCUAGAAAGAGAAGGAACUUUGACUUUUGAUCAGUUCACAAAUUCAAACACCAGGUGUUGAACAUGUCACAUUAUCGACAUGAGCAGUGUACACUAUCUCCCCCCAGCAACUCCAUAGUUGUAAUGUGGGAGAUUUAGGAAUAAAAGCUGAUUCUACUCUUACAGUAAGUGUGAGUCACUUGAUACAAGUGUGAGUUAAAUGCUUUAAAUGUAACAGCUGAAUUUAAAGUGUAUCGACCCCCGGCCCUGGAUCUGCACGAUGUUUUUAUGUACAGAAAUAUUGCACUUAACACCAGUGGUCAGUAGCAAGUACACUUGACUCACCUGUACUAUGCAACUAUUGGGACAAUCUGCUUGUUAUACAACAUUGUGACGAUAUAGUGUUAUUGAGUGCUAAAUGCAAUAACAUAAAAUGUUAUUUUAUGAUGGUAAACACUAAUCUUUUUUAUUUGAUUGUAUUGUGUAUUGGUUUACAUUAUUAAAUAAAGCUCAGUUAUGUAUA